CCUGAAGAGGAGCCUAAAGAGGAAGCAGCACCAGCCAAGCCUGUGGUGGGAAUUAUUUACCCUCCUCCAGAGGUCAGGAAUAUUGUGGACAAGACUGCCAGCUUUGUAGCCAGAAAUGGUCCAGAGUUUGAAGCCCGAAUUCGCCAGAAUGAAAUAAACAACCCAAAAUUCAACUUCUUGAACCCCAACGACCCUUACCAUGCCUACUACCGGCACAAGGUCAGCGAGUUCAAAGAGGGCAAAGCCCAGGAGCCCUCAGCUGCCAUCCCCAAGGUCAUGCAGCAGCAGCAGAGUGCCCAGCAGCAGCUCCCACAGAAGGUGCAGGCCCAGGUGAUCCAGGAGACGGUGGUUCCCAAGGAGCCGCCGCCAGAGUUCGAGUUCAUCGCGGACCCUCCGUCCAUCUCGGCCUUCGACCUGGACGUGGUGAAGCUCACGGCACAGUUUGUGGCUCGCAACGGGCGCCAGUUCCUCACUCAGCUCAUGCAGAAGGAGCAGAGGAACUACCAGUUUGAUUUCCUUCGUCCCCAGCACAGUCUCUUCAACUACUUCACCAAGCUGGUGGAGCAGUACACAAAGAUCCUGAUCCCACCGAAGGGCUUACUCCUCAAGCUCAAGAAAGAGGCUGAAAACCCCAAGGAAGUCCUAGAUCAGGUGUAUUACAGAGUGGAGUGGGCCAAGUUCCAGGAGCGAGAGAGGAAGAAGGAAGAGGAGGAGAAGGAGAAGGAGCGGGUUGCCUAUGCCCAGAUUGACUGGCAUGACUUUGUGGUUGUGGAAACAGUUGACUUCCAGCCCAGUGAGCAAGGGAAUUUCCCUCCUCCCACCACUCCAGAAGAGUUGGGAGCUCGAAUCCUGAUCCAGGAGCGCUAUGAGAAGUUUGGGGAAAGUGAGGAGGUGGAGAUGGAGGUGGAGUCAGACGAGGAAGAUGAAAAGCAAGAGAAAACAGAUGAGCCCCCAGUCCAGCUGGAUCAGGACACACAAGUGCAGGAUAUGGAUGAGGGCUCAGAUGAUGAAGAUGAAGGUCAGAAGGUUCCUCCUCCUCCAGAAACCCCAAUGCCACCACCUCUUCCUCCCACGCCAGAUCAGGUCAUUGUGCGGAAAGAUUAUGAUCCUAAAGCCUCAAAACCAUUGCCACCCGCCCCAGCUCCGGAUGAGUACCUUGUGUCUCCCAUCACUGGAGAGAAAAUUCCUGCCAGCAAGAUGCAGGAGCACAUGCGGAUUGGCCUCCUGGAUCCACGGUGGCUGGAGCAGCGCGACCGAUCCAUCCGGGAGAAGCAGAGUGAUGAUGAGGUCUAUGCCCCAGGUUUGGAUAUUGAGAGCAGCCUGAAGCAGCUGGCUGAACGCCGUACUGACAUCUUCGGUGUGGAAGAGACUGCCAUUGGUAAAAAGAUUGGUGAAGAGGAGAUCCAGAAACCAGAGGAAAAGGUGACCUGGGAUGGCCACUCAGGCAGCAUGGCUCGUACACAACAGGCUGCUCAGGCCAACAUCACUCUCCAAGAGCAAAUCGAGGCCAUCCACAAGGCCAAGGGCCUGGUGCCAGAGGAUGACAGCAAGGAGAAAAUUGGGCCCAGCAAACCCAACGAGAUCCCCCAGCCACCCCCUCCCUCAUCAGCGUCCAACCCCCCUGCCAGUGCUCAGCCCAUCACCUCCGUGCCACGUCCACCCACCAUGCCUCCCCCUGUCCGUGCCGCCGUGGUGUCUGCAGUUCCAGUCAUGCCUCGGCCCCCGAUGACCUCCGUGGUCCGACUGCCUCCAGGAUCUGUCAUAGCCACCCCCAUGCCUCCCAUCAUCCACACCCCACGGAUCAACGUGGUCCCCAUGCCUCCCUCUGCUCCUCCCAUCAUGAGCCCCCGCCCGCCGCCCAUGAUAGUGCCCACAGCCUUCGUCCCUGCUCCUCCCGUGGCUCCGGUUCCAUCCCCGGCGCCAAUGCCUCCUGUUCACCCCCCACCACCCAUGGAGGAUGAGCCAGUCUCCAAGAAACUGAAGAGUGAGGAUAGCCUCAUCCCAGAGGAGGAAUUUCUGCGCAGGAACAAGGGCCCAGUUACGGUCAAAGUCCAAGUGCCCAACAUGCAGGACAAGACAGAAUGGAAGCUGAAUGGCCAAGUGCUGGUGUUCACCCUGCCCCUCUCCGACCAGGUGUCUGUGAUCAAGGUGAAGAUCCAUGAGGCCACAGGGAUGCCAGCUGGGAAGCAAAAGCUGCAGUACGAGGGCAUUUUCAUCAAGGAUUCCAACUCCCUGGCUUACUACAACAUGACAAGUGGCUCUCUGAUUCACCUGGCACUCAAGGAGAGAGGAGGCAGGAAGAAAUAGGAGCUGUGGAGCCCCGAGGUGUAACGUGUCCACAUUGUAACCCCAACUCUCCCCUUCCCCCAGCCUUUUGGGGCC